AGGAGAUGCAGUCAGAUUUCUGAACUGUCUGAGUAACUCAGAGCUGUUAAUAACCUAUCCUUUGGCCAUUUCUGGCUAAAUUGGAAAUCAUAAUAGGAAAGAUGGCUCUAUGGAGAAACCACAUUUUCAUUUGUUUACCACUUCCAGCUCUUCCAGAGCUCUCCCCCAAAUAUUUUGGGGUUGGGCCCUCCCCAAAGCCAUCUAGGACCUUCUUUGCGAUCUUUAGCCAUUUUAUGUUAAGUUCAUAUGUUGAAGCUCUAACCUCCCAAUGUGAUGGUAUUUAGAGAUGGGGCCUUUGGGAAGUAAUUAGGAUUAGAUAAAUUCAUGAGGUUGGGGCCCUGGUCUUUUAAGAAAGACACUGGAGAGUUCCCCGAACCAGCCCCAGCCCCCACCACACACAUAGCCAGGAGAAGAUGGCUGCCUGCAAACCAAGAGAAGAGACCUCAAAUGAAGCCUACUUUGCUGCUACCUUGAUCUUGGACUUCCCAGCCUCCAUAACUAUUAGUGAUGACGAACCAGGUUAUGACCUAGAUUUAUUUUGUAUACCUAAUCAUUAUGCUGAGGAUUUGGAAAAGGUUUUUAUUCCUCAUGGACUAAUUAUGGACAGGACUGAACGGCUUGCUCGAGAUGUGAUGAAAGAGAUGGGAGGCCAUCACAUCGUAGCCCUCUGUGUGCUCAAGGGGGGCUAUAAAUUCUUUGCUGACCUGCUGGAUUACAUCAAAGCACUGAACAGAAAUAGCGAUAGAUCCAUUCCUAUGACUGUAGAUUUUAUCAGACUGAAGAGCUACUGUAAUGAUCAGUCAACGGGCGAUAUAAAAGUAAUUGGUGGAGAUGAUCUCUCAACUUUAACUGGAAAGAAUGUCUUGAUUGUUGAAGAUAUAAUUGACACUGGCAAAACAAUGCAAACCUUGCUUUCCUUGGUCAAGCAGCAUAAUCCAAAGAUGGUCAAAGUUGCAAGCUUGCUGGUGAAAAGGACCCCUCGAAGUGUUGGCUAUAGACCAGACUUUGUUGGAUUUGAAAUUCCAGACAAGUUUGUGGUAGGCUAUGCCCUUGACUACAAUGAAUACUUCAGGGACUUGAAUCAUGUUUGUGUCAUUAGUGAAACUGGAAAAGCAAAAUACAAAGCCUAAGAGGAGAGUUCAAGUUGAGUUUGGAAACAUCUGGAGUCCCAUUGAAAUCACCAGUUAAAGUUAUCACAUGUUCUAGUUCUGUGGCCAGCUGCUUAGUAGAGCUAAUUGCAUGUAUCUUCUAAGAAUUUUACGUUUUGUAUUUUAGAAAUGUCAGUUGCUGCAUUCCUGAACUCUUUAUUUGCACUAUGAGCCUAUAGACUAUCGGUUCCCUUUGGGUGGAUUGUUGUUUGACUCGUGAAUGAAAAAUCUCUUAAACCACACCACUAUUGAAUGAAAAUAUUGAAAUCGUAUCUGUAAGAAACAUUUAAAGAGAAGAAUAUAUUAGUUUUUUAAUUGGUACUUUAAUUUUUAUAUAUUCAGGAAAGAACAGAAGUGAUUGAAUAUUGUUAAUUAUUACCACUGUGUGUUUAGAAAAGUAAGCAGUCAGUUUCAUAUCAGUGACAGCACUUAGAGGUAUUGUUAUGUCAAAUAAACCAUAUGUCCUGGGAUUAUUUUAGUAGGUUUCAACACUAUUGACUGUAUUUUCUCUCUUGUUCAGAUUAUUUCUGGUGAGUCGUUGUCAAUAAGUACAGAUCCAUAAAUUCCAGAAACCUACCAAUUUUUGAAUUCGUCAGUGUAAAAAUCCUUAAAAUAAAGGCUGUCUCUUUAAAAGAAA